CCAGAGAGUCAAAAUGGAAUAACCAACCUUACCAGGUUUAGCAACUUUCAUCGUUCCGUGUUUUUUAUUUUCCCCCUUUCUUUUCUCUCUCCCACCACAAAGGGAUAAGCCAUGAAAGCGAAAUAAAUUACUCUUAAAGCAUGAUGGUUGUGUUCACCGUGGAGCAAAGUUUGUGACUUGGAAGCACCGUAGCAGCCAAAAGGAUGAGCGCAGAGGAUGAUGACCCAGAAAGGAAAAAAUUGAAAGCGUGGAAUUAUGGGGUGAAGACCUUCCAGCGCGAUCUGAUGGCAGGGGCGGUGAUGGGUGGAGUGGUGCACACGAUUGUGGCCCCAAUUGAGAGGGCGAAGCUAUUGCUGCAGACUCAGGAGAGCAAUUUGGCGAUUGUCGCGAGUGGGCGUCGCAGAUUCAAGGGCAUGUUUGAUUGCAUACUCCGUACGGUCAGAGAAGAAGGCAUUCUCUCUUUGUGGCGUGGCAAUGGCAGCAGUGUUCUUCGUUACUAUCCUUCUGUGGCGCUCAAUUUCUCUCUCAAGGAUCUUUACAGAAGCAUGUUAAGAGAUGGUGGAACCUAUGGUGAUAAUAGUCUUUUGUCAGGUGCUACUGCUAAUUUCGCUGCGGGGGCUGCUGCUGGCUGUACAACUCUUGUGCUGGUAUACCCCCUUGAUAUAGCACACACACGCCUUGCUGCCGAUAUUGGAAAGACAGAAGUGCGCCAAUUUCGAGGUAUUUACCACUUCUUGGCUACCAUAUUUCACAAGGACGGCAUUCGGGGGAUCUAUAGGGGCCUUCCUGCAUCUCUACAAGGGAUGGUGGUACACAGAGGCCUGUAUUUUGGAGGCUUUGAUACCAUGAAAGAAAUCUUGUCACAAGAACCAAAACCUGAGUUGGCACUGUGGAAGCGUUGGAUGGUAGCUCAGGCAGUCACAACCUCUGCCGGGUUGAUAUCUUAUCCCUUAGACACAGUUCGUAGGAGGAUGAUGAUGCAGUCUGGCAUGGAAAAGCCAGUGUACAAUAGCACCCUGGACUGUUGGAGGAAGAUUUAUAUGACAGAGGGGUUGGCUUCAUUUUACCGUGGUGCAGUUUCAAAUAUGUUUAGGAGCACAGGAGCAGCAGCUAUCUUAGUCUUGUAUGAUGAGGUCAAGAAAUUUAUGAACUGGGGGGCAUUUUAACAGCACCAACGUUCAUUGAUUUCAUUUUGACACCCGGGACUCAACUUAAUACAUCAACAUCUUA